CCACACCCCCCUUCUCGCCGACACCAUGGGUCAGAAGAUCUCUGGCGGCGUCAAGUCAGUGGACAGUCGUGGCGAGGGUGGCUCGCCCUCCUUCCGCCCGUCGGCCCAUCGCCGGCACCUCCACCCCGAGCUGCGGGGCCCUGACUUCUACAAGCCGCCGCGGCUGGACCUGCUGCUGGACAUGCCGCCCGCGCCCCCCGACCUCCAGCUCCGCCAUGCCUGGAACCCGGAGGACCGCUCGCUCAACGUUUUCAUCAAGGAGGAGGACAAACUGACCUUCCACCGCCAUCCUGUAGCGCAGAGCACCGACUGCAUCCGUGGCAGGGUGGGCUACACGCGGGGGCUCCAUGUCUGGCGGAUCCACUGGCCGGCGAGACAGCGAGGGACACACGCCGUUGUGGGAGUAGCCACAGCCGACGCCCCCUUACACUCGGUCGGCUACACAGCACUAGUGGGCAGUGAUUUAGAGUCCUGGGGGUGGGACUUGGGCAGGAACCGACUGUACCACGAUAGUAAGAACCGGGCCCAGGCUUCCCUACCUUCGUAUCCGUGUUUCUUAGAGCCCGAGGAGGCUUUCGUAUUGCCGGACGCUCUUCUAGUGGUGUUGGAUAUGGACGAGGGCACGUUGAGUUUCAUGGUGGACGGACAGUACCUGGGUGUGGCAUUCAGAGGCCUGAAGGGGAAGAAGCUGUACCCCAUCGUCAGCGCCGUGUGGGGCCACUGUGAGAUCAGCAUGAGAUAUGCCAACGGACUGGAUCCGGAACCCCUCCCCCUGAUGGACCUGUGUCGUCGGGCCGCCCGGGUAGCGUUGGGCCGAGAGCGCCUCCAGGAGAUCGAGUCCCUGCCCUUACCCCAGUCUCUCAAGAAUUACCUGCAGUACCAAUGAGCAAAUACGCUCCACCAACUGGGACCAUCCGGACGGAAACCAUGGCGAACUAAGUGUGACAGAAGAUAGACAGAAUGAGAGGGGGGCCAAAUUAACAACGGCGGAUGCCGGAAGCGGAAUGUUUACAUUGUAGGCCAUAGCUCUGCGAUGAAUAGAUGGACACUUGAGUUCAGAUUUUUGACCCAGAGGAUGAUGGAUACUUUAGUUUGGGGUUUUGGACUUUUACAAUUAUUGAUCACUGUAGCUCUCUUCCAAUGAAGCCCCUAUUUCAUGAAAUGGUAUGGUCCAUGGUCACUUUGAGGUUUGGCCAUAGUGGGGGUGUUAGGAGACUACUGCCAUCUGCUGGUUUGAGUGAGAACUGCACCUACAAAGCACACACUAAAUACCCCGGGAGGCCUUUGAAAUCAUCAUAUCACUGCUACUGGAUACUCUAUACUCAAGGACUCCUACAAUGUCCAGUCCAGUCGGCAGGCAGACACAGGACUUUUCUACAGGGCUCAGAUGUGUUUCGGUCCAUUUCCAGUUCAAUCUGGCCUGGAGCCCACUGUAGCUCACUGGUAACAUACAAUAUCUGCCCCGCUGUCUUAAAGGACUUAUUAAAGGACUAUGCCAGUUCUGGACUUUUUUUUCUCGAUCUACGUCAAGUAAUGCAAGGGGAAACUGUAUUACACUACUACGUUAACAAUGGCACAGCAGCCAUUUGGAGAGGGAGUGUGAAUGACCACACACCAUAGCAAUCAUCUUUUUCUCUAAAAGGCUUGAGUCACUUUUAUUUGAUUCUUAAUGUGGAUUAUGAUUCUGAUUCUGACGACGACGAUAAUGUUAUGAUGACUAUGUUUAUUUAUCAUGAGGUAGUUUCUUUUUUAAUUGAUCAUGAUGGUUACGUUCAGGUAAAUAUUCUACACCGAUAAGGCAGAUGAUGAUCAGUGCUGUCACCCUAAGGCUUUUUAAACCAGAUGCUGCUUUUAUUAUUAUUAUUAUUAUUAUUAUUAUUAUUUAUUAUUAUUAUUAUUAUUAUUAUUAUUAUACGAUCACUGAUGGUUUUAAUCUAUAUCUGCCUGCUGGGAUGGGAGACCAGGGCCAUUCGGGGGCAUACACAGUGGAAUGUAUGGACUGUGCUGUUAGCAGAUCUGAAGUGUGAAUAAAAGCCAAGUGAAUGA